AUGGCUGAUCCAGCAAUAUUAGCUCGAGCACGGAAAGCAAGAUUCGAUGAUUUAAUUAGUUUUUCAGGACAUCCAUCCGAAGAUAUUGAACGAUUCCUGAAGAGCAUCAAGAAUAUAACAAAAGCUACGAAUGAAUCUGAAAAUCACGAAUUACUUGAAAUUGUCCGUGGCAAAUUAACACAAUCAGCAGGCAUAUGGUUCGAUAAUAAUGAAGCAAAAUUUAAAAAAUGGUCAGAUUUCGAAACAGCAUUUCGAAAUCGAUAUAUCUCAACAACAAUUACUCCGAAGAAGUUCGAACAAUUAAAACAACGACAACAAAAAUCGGAUGAAGCAAUUAUUACAUAUUGUGAUGAUAUUAUUAAUUUAUGUCGAGAAGUAGAUCCAGAUAUGUCGGAUUCAACAAUAAUUCAAUAUUUACUCAGUGGACUUAAUUCCAAUUUUCGAAAAGAACUUUCUCGUCGUGAAUCAGCGAUGAAUUCAUUAGAUGAAUUUUUAAAGUAUGCAAAAAUCGAACAAGAUUUAAAUGAUACAUUCAACAAUAUGGGUACAUUAUCAAUUAAUCCACAACAACCAUAUUUUGAUCAUAAUUAUCAAUCGAAUUCAUCAUUAACUGCUGCAGUAUAUCCACGUAAACAAAAUUAUGAAUAUACGAAACAGAAUGAUCGACGACAACAAUCAACACGUAUACAGAGCUCCGAUUCACAGCGGAACUCGGGUGCUAGAUAUACAUAUCCACCACCAUUACUUCCUAAUUUAACUGGAAGAAAUUUUUCACGACAAAAUACAUUUAAUAAACAAUCAAACACAUUUCGAACAACAAUAACACCACAGAAGAAUCUUAUUUGUAGAAUUUGUGAUCGAACAAAUCAUCGAACAAUUGAUUGUUUUUACAAACAAUCAAGCGGAUGUUUUAAAUCUGGAGCCCUUGAUGGUGGUACCUCCAGCAAACCUAUUAAGCCAUCAACUUCCCCUGUAUAUAUUAAAACCCUCGUCAACAAUCAACCUACACAAGCAAUCAUCGAUACAGGAUCUGCUAUUUCCAUUAUUCAUUCAAAGUUUCUUAAAACUAUUCAACAUAAAAAAUUUAUUCCAACAUCUUAUAACUGUCAAACAGCAAAUUCAACACCUCUACAUUUAGUCGGACAAAUUGAAUUAGAGAUUAAAAUCUCCAACAUUAAAACUACCAUCGUCACCUAUGUAGCAACCAACUUAAUUACAACAAUUCUUUUAGGUAAUGAUUGGAUUAAUUCAAACCACAUACAUCUAUUUGGUGAUCAGCAACGAUUAACAAUUCCUGAUCAAUAUAAUCGUCCUAUUUCUGUCUCAUAUGUGGAACCCAACGAUAUAAAUUAUGCUGCUACUUUAGUUAAUCAAAUUACACUUCCACCUUAUUCUCAAACAUUAGUUGAUAUUAAUUGUCAAUUAAAACAUGGAGAAGAUCUUAUAUUUGAACCACAUGAUAAUUAUAUUUCAAAAUCUAUCUUCAUGCCACAUACAUUAGUAAAUAUAAAAGAUAAUCAAACAAAAAUAUUAUUAAUUAACGCACAAAAUCGUCAACAAAUAUUAUCCAAACAUACACGAAUAGGUACAUUUUCUCAACAUUCAACGUUAUCGAUAUUUACAACAAGUACUCACACUACCAAUCAACAAUUCGAUUCAGAACAUGAUCAUAAAGACCGAAAUCUACAUUCAGAAAACUCAAGAACUAGAGCUGUCUCCGACACGAUAGACAACUCGAACCAGAUACAAUCAAACAAUUAUUGUUAUCGUUGUAAAGAAUAUUUUUUAUCUGGUAAUGAUUUACAGAAACAUCUACGAGCACAAUGCUAUUCAGAUCAUAUUCGACAACGAAUAAUCGAAUUAAUUGCUCACAUAGAAGAUCCAAAACAUAAAUCAAUAAUCGAAGAUAUAUUAUGGCGAAACAAAAUAUUAUUUGAUCCAACACCAUCAAUUAUUAAUAUACCUCCACAAUCGGCAAUCCGAACAGGUGAUCAUCCUCCAAUUUAUUCUAAACAAUAUCCAGUUUCACAGAAAGACCAAGAAAUCAAACUUCAAGAAACACAAAAAUUAUUAGAACGUGGUCAAAUUGAAGAAUCAACAUCACCAUGGUCCUCACCUGUUGUUCUCGUCAAGAAAAAAGACAAAACCAUGCGGUUUUGUAUUGAUUAUCGUCGGUUAAAUACAGUCACAAUUAAAGAUGCAUUCCCUCUUCCUCGAAUCGACGAAAUAUUUGAUCAAUUAACUGAUGCAAAGUAUUAUACAAAAUUUGAUUUUAAAUCUGGUUAUUUCCAGGUACCUCUCUCCAAGGAGGACCGACCGAAAACGGCUUUCUCAACUCGCGACAAUCACUAUCAGUUCACAGUACUUCCACAAGGUAUAACAAAUGGCCCUGCAACGUUUCAACGAGUAAUUAAUCAGAUAUUAGGCCCUACACGAUGGAAAUAUGCAUUAGCCUAUAUCGACGAUGUUAUUAUUUACUCCAACACAUUUGACGAACACGUAUCACAUCUCAAUGAAAUUUGUCAAAUAUUAAGAAAUGCUCGAUUUCGAUUAAAUCCUGGAAAAUGCGAAGUUGCAAAAACACAAACUGAUUAUCUUGGACAUCAUCUUCGAAAUGGUGAAAUUCGCCCAUGUUCAACAAAUAUACAUGGAUUAUUAAAUACUAAAGUUCCUGAAACACCAGAUGAAGCUUGUAAAUUUGUAAAAGGUGCUGAAUAUUAUAGAAAAUUCAUACCAAACUUUUCACAAGUUGCUGAACCACUAAGGAAGUUCGUACCAACUACCAGAACACAACAAAGAAGAGGUCAAAAAACUUUAAUUAAAUUAACUGAUGACGAAAUUAAAGCAUUUGAACAACUCAAACAAUUUCUUACAACUGAUUUAGUAUUACGUCUUCCAAAUAAUAGAUCCCCUUUUAAACUUCAGACAGAUGCUUCUGAUGAGGGAAUCGGUGCAGUCUUAUUACAAAUUUAUCCAGAAGGAGAUAGACCCGUUGCAUAUCUUUCAAAGAAAUUUACUCAAGCACAACGUAGAUGGUCUCCGAUGGAACAAGAAUGUUAUGCAUUCAUUCAUGCAUUAGAUAAAUGGCAUAAUUAUUUAAGUGGAACAAAAUUUACAUGGGAAACUGAUCAUAAAGCAUUAACACAAUUAAAUAAAAAAGCUCAAAUCAAUAAAAGAUGCGAACGAUGGAGAUUAAAAAUUCUUGAAUAUGAAUUUGAUGUCAAAUACAUUCCUGGUUUAGAAAAUUCCAUGCCUGAUUAUUUAUCAAGAUCUCCAGUAGAAGAUGCUGAAGAAGAUCCUGAUGAAAUAUCUCCCACCAAUUCAAUAUCAACUCAAACCGAUCCUCAACUUUACAAUCAAUAUUCUGCAGUAGUCGCAGCUACAGAAACUCGUUCUUCUAAAUUACAUAACAAACCACAAGAUGAUCCUACAAAUGCACCAAAAUUAGUACCGGAUUCUCUAACUGAAGAGAAUCGAAUUAUCCCAUUUACAACUGAGGAUUUGAUUCAAGCUCAGCAGGACGAUAAAUAUGCACAAAACAUUAUUAACAACAUUAAGAAAAAUAAAAAAUAUUACAUAGAAAAUAAUCUAUUAAUACGUCGACUACAUCCUCCAGUUCCUUACGUACCAGAAGGUGAAAUUAGAAGAUCCAUACUGAAAAUUUAUCAUGACACAGCAGCAAAUGGUGCUCACUUUGGAAGAAGUAAAACUGUACACAAAAUUAAAACACGAUAUUUCUGGCCCAUGAUGUAUAAAGAUAUUGAUAAUUAUGUUAAAUCAUGUAUCUUAUGUGCUCAAUAUAAUCCACGUCGACAAAAAACUCCUGGUAAAUUAAGACCAAUCAAACCACCAGAAGGUGUAUGGCAAUUAGUCGCUAUGGAUUUUCAUGGACCAAUUAAUCCAACAUCACAACGUGGUAAUAAAUAUAUUAUAUCUCUCACUGAUGUCUUAUCCAAAUUUGUUGUUACAAGAGCUGUACGAGAUAAUUCUGCUCUAACAGCUGUCAGAUUUCUUAAAGAAGAUGUCAUCUCAAAAUUUGGUACACCUCGUUGUAUUCUUACUGAUAAUGGAACGCAUUUUACAUCUGCACUAACCAAUGAAUUAAUCAAACAAAUCGGUGCAACACACCUAUAUUCAACACCAUACCAUCCUGAAACGAACGGACAAGUAGAAAGAUAUAAUUCAACAAUGGAUGCAAAAAUUGCUGCGCUGUCAAAUAUACGAAAAACGAAUUGGGAUGAUCAACUACCUUUCGUCACAUUCAACUACAACACAUCAAUUCAUUCAUCAAAUAAACAAGUACCAUUCGAAAUGAUGUAUGGUCGAAAACCGAUAUUACCAUUUGAUCAUCAAGAUACAAACGUUACACUCGAUUAUGAUCCUGAACAUGUACAGAAACUCAACAAUUACUUAUCGACAUUAAAUGAACAAGCUAGACACAAUAUUAUACUCAAUCAAGAACGUUAUAAAGAACGUUACGACAGAAAUCGUACUGAUCCAACAUAUGAAAUCAACGAUUUAGUUCUGGCGAAAACCCUCAACUUUCGAUCAAAAUUCGAUUUACGAUAUGAAGGUCCAUACCGGAUAAUAAAGAAAAUCACAUCCAAAACAUUCAUCAUACAACACAUCAAGAAACCUACAUUACAUCGUCAAGUUACAACGGAUGUGUUACUACCAGUAUUUCAACGUAUUAAUUAA